CGCAACGGCUUCACUGACAAUAUAAGAUCAAGCAUAGUGGUAUACAACCUGCUCGAAAAUGCUAAACACUAACACAAUGUCGGUCGAGGUCACACUUGAAAUUCCAUUGGAUGUCGCGUUCGCGAUUCGCGAGAUCAACUUCGAACUGGAACGGAUGGACGGCGACGUCGAAUUCACGCUCGCAACAAUCACGAACGACAUCAUUCGAGCUGUUAAGUCGCUCCCUUCUGGCAGCAUACCGAGUCCAGAGUCCCGCUUCUCAUCUACCUCACAACAUACUGGCACGACUGGGUCCUUGUCUGACUGGCUGGGCGCACGAUCAUGUUCCAUGGCAUCGGCAAGAUCAACGUCGUCUUGUUCAUCAAUGUCUGCCGAAAGCAUACCAGGAGUGCAUAUCUUUCCGGAAUUCAGCAUUAUCGUUGAAAACGAGUACGGUUACAACCAUCGAUUACUGGCAACAGGCGAUAUGACGAUUGCCGAUCUCGAAAGCUCACUUGGUCCACUGUGCGGUUUUGAGCCCACCUGGCAAAGCUUGACGUGGCAUGGGUAUCGCAUAAAUCAGCCUCAUGCGACUUUGGUCUCGUACGGUAUUGAUCGAUAUCCAUAUCUUGAGAUCCGAAGGAAGUCGGUACCGGCAUUCGACAAUCAGACUCUCGUUCUGCUAAAAGAACCGCGACUGCCACCAAGGGCAUUGCCUGCGCCGCCACCAUUACCGCCCCGAUAGCUAAUGAUGGCAGCGAGAAUUAAUUUAUGAAGCGAUAUGAAGGUCAAGCUAUGCUUUGUAGCUAGACAACGGCAAAUACCAUUCUUAAUCAGCAUUACGCACGUG